CACUGCGGCGCAGAGUCGCGGCUUGCUCUCAGAACACCGGUCGCUGGCGGGUUAGGUAGCUGCGCGGCCGCCUCACUUCGCGCUCGCGCCGCUAGGCUGGGGGAGUCGGUUUGCAGUGCUCCUGGUGUCGGCUCGGGCGGGACGGGCGGUUCUGCGUACCCCUCUCCAGUGUCAACCUGGGGCUGAAUCUUCAACCUGUCAAAGCCUUCUUAAUUACGUCUGAGAAAAGUACUAAAAUAGGUGCCAUUUUAAAUUCCCAGACAAGGAGAAACCAAGGAUUAGAAAUUAAGUAGCUUGCCCAAGGUCACACAUCAUGGCAGAUACAUAACUAUAAGAGAGCAUUGGCCUGGCCCUCCAAAGCUAGCAGUUUGGUGGGGGUUACAGAAUAUUUUACCAGGGUGAAAAUUCAAGGUUGAGGUAGAGGGAGCUACAAAGAUUAAGGCACAGAAAAGAAGUUCUUAAAUGCCCUUCAAGGAUCCUGAUUGAGUCAAUGCUUUACAUUCUCAGUCCUCUGCAUAAAGCUGAGAGAUGCCUACUGCUGAGAGUGAAGCAAAAGUAAAAACCAAAGUUCGCUUUGAAGAAUUGCUUAAGACCCACAGUGAUCUAGUGUGUGAAAAGAAAAAACUGAAGAAAAAACUUGUCAAGUCUGAAGAAAACAUCUCACCUGACACUAUUAGAAGCAAUCCUCACUAUAUUAAAGAAACUACAAGUGAUGAUCCUGACACUAUUAGAAGCAAUCUUCCCCAUAUUAAAGAAACUACAAGUGAUGAUGUAAGUGCUGCUAACACUAACAACCUGAAGAAAAGCAUGAGAGUCACUAAAAACAAAUUGAGGAACACACAGUCAGCAAAUGAAAAUCCUAAUGGUGAUGCUAGUGUAGAGGAAGACAAACAAGGAAAGCCAAAUAAAAAGGUGAUAAAGAUGGUGCCCCAGUUGGCUACACAAGACAUGAAACCAGAAACUCCUGAGAAGAAGGUUGAUUCUACACACCAGAAAACGCAUACAAAGCCACAGCCAGGCGUCGAUCAUCAGGAAAGUGAGAAGGCAAAUGAGGGAAAAGAAGAGAAUGAUUUAGAAGAGGACGAAGAAUUGAUGCAAGCAUAUCAGUGCCAUGUAACUGAAGAAAUGGCAAAAGAGAUUAAGAAGAAAAUAAGAAAGAAACUGAAAGAACAGUUGACUUACUUUCCCUCAGAUACUUUAUUCCAUGAUGACAAAUCGAGCAGUGAAAAAAGGAAAAAGAAAAAGAAAGUUCCAGUCUUUAAAGCUGAAACAAGUACAUUGACCAUCUCUGGUGACACAGUUGAAGGUGAACAAAAGAAAGAAUCUUCAGUUAGACCAGUUUCUUCAGAUUCUCAUCAAGAUGAUGAAAUAAGCUCAAUGGAACAAAGCACAGAAGACAGCAUGCAAGAUGAUACAAAACCUAAACGAAAAAAAACAAAAAAGAAGACUAAAGCAGUUGCAGAUAAUAACGAAGAUGUUGAUGGUGAUGGUGUUCAUGAAAUAACAAGCCGAGAUAGCCCGGUUUUUCCCAAAUGUUUGCUUGAUGAUGACCUUGUCCUGGGAGUUUACAUUCACCGAUCUGAUAGACUUAAGUCAGAUUUUAUGAUUUCUCACCCAAUGGUAAAAAUUCAUGUGGUUGAUGAGCAUACUGGUCAAUAUGUCAAGAAAGAUGAUAGUGAACGGCCUGUUUCAUCUUACUAUGAAAAAGAGAAUGUGGAUUGUAUUCUUCCUAUUAUGACCCAGCCAUAUGAUUUUAAACAGUUAAAAUCAAGACUUCCAGAGUGGGAAGAACAAAUUGUAUUUAAUGAAAAUUUUCCCUAUUUGCUUCGAGGCUCUGAUGAGAGUCCUAAAGUCAUCCUGUUCUUUGAGAUUCUUGAUUUCUUAAGCAUGGAUGAAAUUAAGAAUAAUUCUGAGGUUCAAAACCAAGAAUGUGGCUUUCGGAAAAUUGCCUGGGCAUUUCUUAAGCUUCUGGGAGCCAAUGGAAAUGCAAACAUCAACUCAAAACUUCGCUUGCAGCUGUAUUACCCACCUACUAAGCCUCGAUCCCAAUUAAAUGUUGUUGAGGCAUUUGAAUGGUGGUCAAAAUGUCCAAGAAAUCGUUACCCAUCAACACUGUACGUAACUGUAAGAGGACUGAAAGUUCCAGACUGUAUAAAGCCAUCUUACCGCUCUAUGAUGGCUCUUCAGGAGGAAAAAGGUAAACCAGUGCAUUGUGAACGUCACCAUGAGUCAAGCUCAGUAGACACAGAACCUGGAUUAGAAGAGUCAAAGGAAGUAAUAAAGUGGAAACGACUCCCUGGGCAGGCUUGCCAUAUCCCAAACAAACACCUCUUCUCACUAAAUGCAGGAGAACGAGGAUGUUUUUGUCUUGAUUUCUCCCACAAUGGAAGAAUAUUAGCAGCAGCUUGUGCCAGCCGGGAUGGAUAUCCAAUUAUUUUAUAUGAAAUUCCUUCUGGACGUUUCAUGAGAGAAUUGUGUGGCCACCUCAAUAUCAUUUAUGAUCUUUCCUGGUCAAAAGAUGAUCGCUACAUCCUUACUUCAUCAUCUGAUGGCACUGCCAGGAUAUGGAAAAAUGAAAUAAAUAAUACAAAUACUUUCAAAGUUUUACCUCAUCCUUCUUUUGUUUACACGGCUAAAUUCCAUCCAGCUGUAAGAGAGCUGGUAGUUACAGGAUGCUAUGAUUCCAUGAUACGGAUAUGGAAAGUUGAGAUGAGAGAGGAUUCUGCCAUAUUGGUCCGACAGUUUGACGUUCACAAAAGUUUUAUCAACUCACUUUGUUUUGAUACUGAAGGUCAUCAUAUGUAUUCAGGAGACUGUACAGGGGUGAUUGUUGUUUGGAAUACCUAUGUCAAGGUUGAUGAUUUGGAACAUUCAGUGCACCACUGGACUAUAAAUAAGGAAAUUAAAGAAACUGAGUUUAAGGGAAUUCCAAUAAGUUAUUUGGAGAUUCAUCCCAAUGGAAAACGUUUGUUAAUCCAUACCAAAGACAGUACUUUGAGAAUUAUGGAUCUCCGGAUAUUAGUAGCAAGGAAGUUUGUAGGAGCAGCAAAUUAUCGGGAGAAGAUUCAUAGUACUUUGACUCCAUGUGGGACUUUUCUGUUUGCUGGAAGUGAGGAUGGUAUAGUGUAUGUUUGGAACCCAGAAACAGGAGAACAAGUGGCCAUGUAUUCUGACUUGCCAUUCAAGUCACCCGUUCGAGACAUUUCUUAUCAUCCAUUUGAAAAUAUGGUUGCAUUCUGUGCAUUUGGGCAAAAUGAGCCAAUUCUUCUGUAUAUUUAUGAUUUCCAUGUUGCCCAGCAGGAGGCUGAAAUGUUCAAACGCUACAAUGGAACAUUUCCAUUACCUGGAAUACACCAAAGUCAAGAUGCCCUAUGUACCUGUCCAAAACUACCCCAUCAAGGCUCUUUUCAGAUUGAUGAAUUUGUCCACACUGAAAAUUCUUCAACAAAGAUGCAGCUAGUAAAACAGAGGCUUGAAUCUGUCACAGAGGUGAUACGAUCCUGUGCUGCAAAAGUCAACAAAAAUCUCUCAUUUACUUCACCACCAGCAGUCUCCUCACAACAGUCUAAGUUAAAGCAGUCAAACGUGCUGACCGCUCAAGAGAUUCUACAUCAGUUUGGUUUCACUCAGACCGGGAUUAUCAGCAUAGAAAGAAAGCCUUGUAACCAUCAGGUAGAUACAGCACCAACGGUAGUGGCUCUUUAUGACUACACAGCGAAUCGAUCAGAUGAACUAACCAUCCAUCGUGGAGACAUUAUCCGAGUGUUUUUCAAAGAUAAUGAAGACUGGUGGUAUGGCAGCAUAGGAAAGGGACAGGAAGGUUAUUUUCCAGCUAAUCAUGUGGCUAGUGAAACACUGUAUCAAGAACUGCCUCCUGAGAUAAAGGAGCGAUCACCUCCUUUAAGCCCUGAGGAAAAAACUAAAAUAGAAAAAUCUCCAGCUCCUCAAAAGCAAUCAAUCAAUAAGAACAAGUCCCAGGACUUCAAACUAGGCUCAGAAUCUAUAACACAAAGGAGCCCAACCAGCCAAAGUUCUGAAAUGAGCAAAGAACAGAGCCAUGAGGACCAAGGACACAUAAUGGAUACACAGAUGAGGAAGAACAAGCAAGCAGGCCGAAAAGUCACUCUAAUAGAGCCUGGUGUCUUGCCACAGAAGUAAACCUUCAGGGAAGAUCUAUUGGAUUGAAUGUCUUGUGGGUAAAGAAUUGAAGAAAAGUUAAGAGAUGCCCAAAUGCACAGAGGUGAAAAUGACAAAUUAAACCAAAUGGAAUUUCUCUUCAGAGUUCAGAAUUUUCAGAUACUAAGGAGGAAGAAAGGAUCCACUUCUUCUUGUUCUUAUGAAUGACUCUAGAAAAAUCAGAAUCAAGUUGUGGGUGGAAAAGUCAAUGUGGCCUUUGAGUUCAGUUGUUAUAAACCAUUGUGAUUGUUGUUGGUCAAAGUAUUGGUACUUAUAUUGUUAGUAAUUGCAUCAUAAUUACAUUACCAGUGUUGGAAAACUAAUGAAGAAAACACUGUAAUUGCUACUCAGCAAAUGUGAAUAAAAGGUGUUUGCAUUGUUAGGAUGUCUGUUAAGUAAUCAUUUAAUAUUAUUAUAUUGGUAAUGUGGUUGUAUGUGUGAUGUUAUGCCCAGAAUAUGAAGUAUCUGUUUUUGAAAUUCACUUUAUUUAAAAGAUAAGCAACUGACCGGGCACGGUGCCUCACGCCUGUAAUCCUAGCACUUUGGGAGGCCGAGGCAGGUGGAUCACCUAAGGUCAGGAGUUCAACACCAGCCUGACCAACAUGGUGAAACCCCAUCUCUACUAAAAAUACAAAAAUCAGCCAGGUGUCAUGGCAGGCACCUGUAAUCCCAUCUACUGAGGCAGGAGAAUCGCUUGACCUGGGAGGCGGAGGUUGCAGUGAGCCAAGAUCACGCCAUUGCACUCCAGCCUGGGCGACAGAGCAAGACUCUGUCUCCAAAAAACAAAAAAGAUAAGCAGCUUUAGAAUAUGGCGUAUUCAAAACGGUCUCAGUAACAAAGACAUUAAAAGAAAACAAUUUACUUUCUAAUUAAAAUUUUGUGUUUCUUAAAAACAAAUCAUAUAGGUAACUUCAUAGACCUAAACUAAAAGUGAUUUUUGGCUGGACUGGCAACAGUGUUCCAAAUGUCUUUAUUUUUUAAAAAGGCAUUUCAUAUUUAAGCACAUACCUAUUUUGUAGACUUACAUUGUUUAAUAUUUAUUUUAAUCUUAAUAUUUUUACAUUAUCAUAUUGCAUUAUUUAUUUUUAAGUUCCAGAAUAAUAGUGUCAUUAUUAUAGACUGUAUGUUUUGAAGUUUGAUAUUAUAAUGGGGUAUUCAUUUUUUGUUCUUUUCUUGACUCCUUUCUCAACUGUGUGAUAAGCUCUGCUGAUAAAAUAUUUAGCCCCAAGAAAGUGAAAACUAAUAUAAAAUUAGAAAGACUUACCCAAAUUAGACAGUCAAUUCCAUUAAAAUAAGAAGUGAGAAAAACAAUGUUGGGCAUUGAGGUGUAAAUUUUGCCCAGAUGUAUACCCAGUGUGAAAUACCUUCUAAUAAAAAUAUAUUUGGCUCUUAUCCCUGCACAUGUAGAGGCAUAAAAAUUGGUAAACAUGUCCCGCUGUGUAGAACUUUUAAAAAAAGGCAUUUUUGAAAGUGUUGAGUGGCACUGAUAACUGGUGAAGCCUAUAGCCAUCAGUCCAAAAGUCUGUUCUGAUGGCACUGAAUUUUCAUUGUUCUGAAUGCAUAAGUCUGUGCGUCAGGUACAGCUGGGCCCAGCCAGCUUGAGUCACUCUUGUACAAGCUUGUUUUUUUCUGUCGUGUGAAUGCACUUGAUAAUUUAAAAAUAAAAAUAUCUGUUUCUCUGCAGUUUCAGCUAAUAAUUUUGAGAUAUAUGUUGAUUUUCUGAUUGAAUCACCAAGAAUUUCAACAGGUUUAGAAAUAAUUUAAGAUGAAUGAAAAAUAUGUCAGGGGGAGCUAAGCAUUUGCUAAGAUCUUGAUGUGUAUAUGAAAAAUAAAGGGUUAUUUUUAUAUUGCAACUACUAAAGACAAAAAUAGCAGUUGAAGCAAACACCAGGAAAAUUUGGCUCUACUGAAAGCCCGGUCCUUUUCCCGUUUGUCUUGCUGACAAAGUAAGACUAGGGUUAUGUUCAUGAAUAGAUUAAUAAAAGGUCUUUACCACACAAUCUGAGAUGCGGUGGAGUGGGGGAGAUCAUGACAGUGCCCUCCAAGCAAUAGAUCCAGCUGAUAAUCAAGCAGAAAAUCAGACACCAGAAUCCAAUUGAUGAUGUAUGGCAUUAAACAUUUCCUCAUAACAAA